AACAAUGUGCUUUGGAAUUUUUAGUUUUUGAUUCAAAAGGGAAUUUUUAAAGUUACCAAAGACAAAAAAAUUGGUAAAAAUCAUGAAAUUUCUCACAAAAGCCAAGUACAUAAAAUACACGCGUGCCGAGCUCGAACGCUACACGUCAGACGAGUCGUCAUGCGUUCAAAAGAUUCACGCUCGCGAACACCUGGGCAUCUCGAUGGCGGGUCUGCAAAAUCUCCGGGAAACCAUUUCCCGCAUUCUCGAUAGCAAAAUUGGGCGUUUUGAUCGAAAUCGCAACGGCAUCAUCUUGGACAUCCGAAACACAAAAGUGCUCGAUACGCCAUCGCAAAUCCGGCAUGACAGCGCCGACUUGCAUUUGGACAUUGAAUCGGAUUUUUACGUGUUCCAGCCACGAAUUGGCGCUAUUGUGACGGGCGUCGUCAAGCACAUUAGUCAAUCGAAUAUCGGGGUGAUCAUUUAUCGUGUCUUUAAUGUGGCAGUAAAGUUCACGACGGGCAUGCGGAACGUCAAGGUGAAUCAAGAGAUUAAAAUACGGGUUUUAGAUUUCGAUUUGGACAACAGAGUACCCGAAAUUCAAGGAGAACUUGUGGCAAAUCCCAAAACGGAGACAGAAAAUGACGGCGAUAGCGGAAUAAGUACCGAAGAUGUCGCCACAACACUAAAAAUUAAGCAAGAAAAAGACUCGGAUGCCGGUCCAAGUAAGAAAAACAAGAAAAAUGGUACCGCCGUGGAUGAGGACGACAUUGAAUCAUUCGCAAAACUGAAGAAACGACGGUCAAUUUUAGUAAAUAACGAAACGUCUCGAAGAUCAACGUUGCCAAAACACGUUUCUUUUAGUGACACCCAAGUACCUGUCAAAACGGAAGUCGACAAGGAGCAAACGCCGAAGAAAAAAAAGGAUAAACGACUCAAAUCUCCAAGUCCUCCCCCAAAGCUGGAUGAAACGGGAUUCAACGCGUUUGAAGAACUCAUCGAAAAAGACUUGCAAAGCACGAUAAUUGGAUCCUUAGACACAAGUGUGACGAUAAAAACGGAAAAAAGUCCCACGAAAAAGAGCAAAAAGAGGAAACGUGAUACCGAAGAUGACGCCGAAGCGGUAGAAGAAACACAAGUUAUCAAGAAAAAGAAAAUAAAAGAAGAACCCGCAACCAGAGUUACCAUCAAGAAGGAAAAAGACGACGAAAGUAGCUCACAAUCAGACUCUAAAAAGUCCAAAAAGAAGGACAAACACAAAAAUAACUCUUUCCACACGACGCUAGAAUCGAUUUUGGACGAGGCGGAAGUGAGUAGCAGCAGCAGUUCUACUCAAAAACGCGCGAAACGCCACAAAGUGCCAAAAAUUAAGAAAGAAAAAGUUUAGGAAAAAGCUCAAAUUGUAAAAAUUAAAUAAAAUUUUAAUAAUUCUUA